AUGCCAUACAACACCAGGAGAAAGUCGCUUUCCCUCUCCGAGCUCGGUAUUACCGUCCCCAAACGCUCGCGCGCCUCUUCGCAAUCCCAUCCUUCGCCGCCAGCCACGGUCAUCGAUGACGAGCCUGUCACCAAGAAGCCCAAGAGGUCGCACGAGUCGCUAUCCCCUCCUCCGGCUUUGAUGAGCCCACCAAAGACAAAGACUCUAACCAUCCGUACCGAGCCACCAUCACGACUGGCCGAACACACUCCUCCGCCAUCUCCUGGAACCCAGACAGUGCAUACAAUCGACACCGAAGGCAUCAGUGACGAUGUUGUCGUCGCAACCAUCAAGCAGCUGGAAAAGACGGCAAACAGGCCACAUCUGGUCAAGGAACUGGCUGCAGUCUUGUGUCACUGCAUAGGUGCCGUGGAGAAGUCCGCCAACCCUGCCAAUCUGAUUUCGUCGCGUCUCACCAGCUACCUCAACCGCACUUGGCCCGCUGUCAGCCCUUGUCCACUGGCCAAGUACCAGUCUCAAGUCCACCCCCGCCCAUUGUACUAUUUUUUGACCACUCAACCCCACCAACCUAUUCCUGAACUUUCGCAAUCCCACGACAUCCCCGCCUCCCGUCGCAUCAUCACCCCUGCUCUUUCAUCGGCCGCCGACGACGAGGACGAGAAAUACAGCAGAUCACGCGCCUCGCUUUCUCCCGAAGUCGAUCUGUCCAGCCCCGAACUCGACGAGCCACCUCACGGUGACAUUGGCUCCACCUUCCACCCUCGUCAUUCGCUCUCGCGCGACCACCCUCCCACCACCUCCAACCUGGCUCACAACCGCCGUGCCGAUAGCCCUCCUCUUGAGCGUGAGGAACGCGAUUUCAAGCAGACCGCAAACGCCCUGCAAGAGCUUCGUCGCGCUAGCCAGGAAAUCAUCACCAAGCCCAUCAAGGUUGAGGCUUCCGAGACAAUUGCCAUGUCGGUCGAAUCGGACCAAAGCACCGUUCAACCCACCGAUGAUCUUUUCGAUGGUCAGGACCACCUUUCCUCAUCCGUGAGCACUCUCUACGACCUGAGCAGCCCGCUCUUGAGACCUCAAGGUUUCUAUGAUCUCAAGACACAGCAGGCUCAGGAGUGGAACACCGAAAAGAGAGUCUCAAUCGACGCAAUGUCUUUGGACGACCAGGACGACGACGCAAUGGACAUGUGGAAUGACUUCCGCAGCCCCGAGAACAUUGACCUCGACGAACUUGAGUGCCUCUUGGACGCUUACUGA